AUGGAAGAGGUCACUGAAAAUAUGAUUAAAACCAUUUGUGAAAUCAGAACAGAAGUAGAAGGCUGGGAUCAUAGCUGUUUUGAAUACUUCCUCAGAUCUGAAGAACAUCAUGACAAGGGAGUGGUAUUGAAGACACCUGCAAUUGAAGACAUUUGUGGAGAGGAGAGAAAAUGGAAGAUACUUGUAGUGGUCAGUAACAACUGCAGUGUUAAAGGUCCUCCUCUUCAAAAGAAUGGCAUAACAAAUGGAACUCUCUACAAAAAAACAUUUAUUGAGCACUUUGAACAGGCACCAAUGUAUGUUGCUGUUCUUACUUUCCUGGGUUUUGGAGUGGGAACAAUAUUUGGCUACCUGCGAGAUUUUAUGAGAGCCUGGGGACUAGAAAAACGUAACAUUGCUGCAGAGAGAGAACAACAAAAAGAUUUUGUGCCACUUUAUCAAGAUUUUGAGAACUUUUACACCAGAAAUCUCUAUAUGAGAAUACGGGAUAACUGGAAUCGUCCAAUUUGCAGUGUCCCAGGGCCACAGUUUGACCUCAUGGAACGCGUUACAGAUGAUUACAACUGGACAUUUAGGUUUACAGGAAGGACUAUCAAGAAUGUAAUCAAUAUGGGUUCUUAUAACUACCUCGGCUUUGCAGAAACAGAUGUUAAUGCUUUGAAAACUGUGACCAUAGAGUUAAAAAAAUAUGGGACAGGAAUCUGCAGUACCAGACAGGAAAUGGGCACCCUAGACAAACAUGUAGAACUAGAGAAACUUGUGGCCAAGUUCCUUGGUGUGGAAGAUGCUAUGGUGUUUGGCAUGGGCUUUGCAACUAACUCGAUGAAUAUUCCAGCCCUUGUUGGGAAG